GCGGGCGCGCGCGCGCGCACGCGCAGGUCGCUGGCGGUGACGGGUCAGUUUGUCGGGUGUCAACAUCGCCGGUGUCGGUGUCUGUCAGUCGGUGUCGGUGUGUGUGUGUGGGUGUGGGCCGGGCGGCGGGUCCGGGCCGCCAGUCGGUAAUAUCCGCACCGCUCCGUCCUGACAGCUUUGCUGAAGGGUCGAUCUUUGUUCUUGAAAGCAUGGCAUACAUGAAGAGUGGAUGGCUACUACGACAGAGUACCAUUUUAAAGCGAUGGAAGAAAAAUUGGUUUGAUCUGUGGUUCAAUGGUCAACUAAUUUAUUACGAUCAACUGAGGGAAGAUAUGGAAGAUAGGAUUCAUAUGAAAGUGGAUUGUAUUAACAUUCGAUCUGGAAAUGAGUGCCGAGACUUCCAGCCUCCAGAAGGAAAAUCCAGAGAAUGUUCGCUCCAGAUAGUGUGCAGGGAUGGGAGGACAAUCAACCUGUGUGCCGAGAGUCCAGAUGAUGCCAUGGCCUGGAAACUUGCUCUUCAAGAUGCACGGAUACAUUUGAACCUUUCUGGCGGACCUGAAAUUGUUUUGGAAGGUGCUGAUUUUGGCUCUGCUCCACCGCCAUACACCGCUUAUCCAACUGCACCACCACAGGUUUACAGCUACGACUCUUACAGUGGUACCUACAAUGCACAACCACCUCCUGCCCCUCAGCAAGUGAUCUACACAUCCAAUGGUCAACCCUAUGCCGUGGCCUAUCAGUACCCCUACCAAGGUCCUUACCCACCAGCUACCAAUCAUGUGAUCAUUCAAGACCGACGGCGUGAUGAUGGAGAUGUAGCACUGGGAAUGAUGGCAGGAGCUGCUACAGGCAUGGCAUUGGGCUCCCUCUUCUGGGCUUUUUAGGUCCCCCCAAACAGCUGGCUUUACUGUUUGUAAAGCUCGACUUUCCCGAUGGAAACUUUCCUUGCAAUUUGAACCCCCAAUUCCCUGCAGUGAUAUUCACUCCAGCACUCGAUUCAUCUGUACAUGGCAUCUUACUCUUUAUACAUUUCUACAUUCUGACAAAAAUGCGGUGGCAUUUCUACAUUUCUGGUUUUUAAUCCAUACUGAUGGGUUAAAAGUUCCCUCUUUCUCCCCUCAUUGUGGCAAUAUUACAUUCUUACUCAAAUGCAGUGAAUCCAAUGAUAUGAACCCAGUCAGGUUGGUUUGGACCCACUUCUGCUCCAGGUGUGACACUAGCACCAACUGUGAUUGGCUGAUGGGUUUAAUUGAAAUGAUUACUGCAAUUAAAAUUAAAGGUAACAGCUGACAACCCUUGAGUUAUCAAAGUUUUCACUCCCAGGAUUUUACACUUGGCUGUUUUUUUUUAAUUUUGAGCAAGUUUAGGAGUUUAAACCUUCUUAAAAUCAAAAUUCCAUAUCGUGGACCAACAAGCUGGGUUCCAGGAGUCAAAAUAUUUAAGGUACAGAAUAGCAACAGGCUCUUGCUUGACAUUGCAAGACUCAGUGCUAACAUUGCUUUAUGCCGUCAUGUAGGCCGGGAAGCAGUGGAUUUUAUUCCUGGUGACUUUAGCUUCCAGGAUUCACAUGGCACAGGGUACACUGGUUGGGGCCUGUCAUAUUUCCUGACUGUUAAUGAGCUCAGUGAGGCUGGAAGGUAGUUGCAUAUCACUUGACAUUUCUGUUUUUAUGUGCCAGCAUGUGUAUUGUGUAAUGGGAUCUAGCAUUUAAAACAUAAUCGGGUGCCUCUCACUGAAGAGAGUAAAAAUCUGUUUCUGCUGUAACAUAUCUUGCUCACUGCCCUUGGGGAGUUAUUUUGGACUCAUUCAGCAUUAAUCCUGGCUUUCUUUGCACAAAACUUCCACACUGCCCCACUCUCUGGUCUAUUAGAGUAACGCACCCAUUUCACCUAUUGUACUGACCCUGCUGCUUCUGGUUAAACAUGUGUGCCUUUGGUCUGAAACCAUGUCUGUCAAAAUGAUACUCAGAGUAACUAGUCUCAGUGCAAUGUAUAUCUAUUGUUACCUAGAAACUCCACACCCAGGUCCUAAACCACAAAAAGCAAGGAACAGGUUGCUGAGGAUUGUCCCCUUUGAAGUGUCUUUAACUGACUGACAAAUGUCAGGGCUUUGCAGCAUAUUGGAUCUUUCUACACUGUGCAACUGAGAGGUAGGAUGUGGGCUCAUUCCUCCCAGUUCCUCUCACUGUGAAUUUGCACCUUGUGAGUGAGGAGAAUUUCCAAAACCCUUCUGAAUCCCCUUUCCUCUGAAUUCCCUUUAUCUCGGCAACAGCAGACCCCUGUGACAAGUCUGUUGAUGUGAGGGAAAGUGUGGCUUGUGAGAGACCAAGAGAAAGAAAAUGAAACCUGUACUCUGUGACUACUAUAAAUACUGUUAGAAUUCUUUGUUUCAAUUUUUUUCUGACUUGGAGUUAAAGCUGCUGCAUUUUGCACUGACAGGUUAAUGUUACGCUAAAUUAAUGUGAUUCGGGAAUGUACUUGGAGUUGAUUUACUUUUAGAUUUUUGCCUUGUGGCAAAGAGAGGAAUCGUGAAUUGGGAUAUAAAUAUCAGCGCUGAUUUCUCUCUUUCUUCCACCCCCAUCCCACCCCCCUUUGUUCUAUUUUAAUGCAUAUUGUUUAAUUAGUAAAAGAGGAAUCUCGCUGUGCAGUCGGCCUGUUCUUACUACAGUGGCUGAACUUGCAUUUGCUGCUAAAAUUGUCCUGGGCCAAGAUCCAUUCAUCUGAUGGUUUUGUUAAUAACAUGAAUUGAUUCUAAGUUUAGUGUACCAAAGAGUUGUACAUUUUGUGGCUUUGCAACUGAUGGCUGUUGUGUCUAUAGACAACUGACAGAAUGCAAGAGUACAGACUUCAAUCCCCUUGUCUGAAAUGCUUCUGUUGAAAUGUAAUGGUUUUGUAAAUGCAACAGAUUUCAAAUUGGUUCCUUGAGUGAACUGAAUCAUAUACUUCUGGUACUUUUGUAAACCUAUUCCAGCAUUUGUUUCACCCUCUUUUACUCCCCUUUUUCAUGCUGCUUUAAACAGCAGAAAUUUCCUACAAUAUUCUGCUGUGUUUUCAUCAUUUUGUAAGCCUCAAAAGGCUCUAUUUUCGCCCAUAAAAUAUACAAUCAAUCCACUUUAUUGUUUAUCCUGUGAAUUGCUUUGAGAUGUCUCAACAACAUGAUAAGGCGCUAUAUUAAAUGCAAGGACUAUUAUUAAAGGAUGUUAUAGUCAAUAGUGGAGACUGGUCAAUAAAAAGUGUUAAAAGGUCUAGAGUUGGGGAAGGAUUACAGAAUUAGAUGGUUACAAAAGUAAAAGGUAGAGAAUGGCUGGGAAUGAAAUUGAAAUGCAUUGGAAAGUCAAAGUGUAAUUUGGUUGAUUUCCGNCCCCCCGAUACAACAAAAAGUUAUGAAUUAUUCUAUUCAUAAAAAGUAAUUGUAAAUGGGGAGGGUUUGAGAGCCAUUUGCUUCUAACAUUUGCUAGUAGCUGGCUAUUAUAAAUCUUUAUCUCUCUCCAUUGAUCUCUCCGUGAGUCACUCUUGUCCUAGCGAGUGGUUUAUAUUAAGAUCUGAUGUUAGGAUACAUAUCCCCUGUGCUGCAAAGUUAUGGAAAGACUGAGUGUGCAAUUUGUUUUUGUUGACUUAUUACUUGUUUAAAGCAAUGGAAUAAUUAUUGUGAUGAUCAACUAAUAACUGCUAUCGUAAAGUGAUUAAUCAAUAGUAAAACUAUUUACAUGUCUGUUGCUAAAUAUUGUCUGGAGUUAGAAAAUAUUUUUCUGUAGAAUGAUUUUGUGUCUCUAAAUAAACUGAUCGAUUGAUGUUGUA